AUGAGGAAGCCAGAUGCUACUCCAGGAAAGAACACCAACACUAGCAACAACAACAACAACAACAAGAUGAGAAAGGGGCUUUGGUCGCCUGAGGAAGAUGACAAGCUGAUGAACUACAUGAUGAACAAUGGCCAAGGUUGCUGGAGUGAUGUUGCCAGAAAUGCUGGCCUGCAGAGAUGUGGGAAGAGCUGCCGCCUUAGGUGGAUCAAUUACCUUAGACCUGACCUCAAAAGAGGUGCAUUCUCUCCUCAGGAAGAAGAGCUCAUUAUCCAUUUGCAUUCCCUUCUUGGCAACAGGUGGUCACAGAUAGCGGCUCGUCUGCCUGGGAGGACGGACAACGAGAUCAAGAACUUCUGGAACUCGACCAUCAAGAAGAGAAUAAAGAACAUGUCUUCCUCGACCACGACCACGACGUCUCCGAACACGAGCGACUCGUCGUCCGAGAAAGACAACUGUGGGUUGGUGGGCGUGGGGGGUUUCAUGUCGCCCAUGUUCAUGGACGUGGUCGUGCCAUCCCUGACAUUGACCAACUCGUCCACCUCGUCGACGUCGUCCAUGGCUCUGAACGGCGGUCACAUGACCGACCCGUUGCAGAUCCACAUCGAUCACCACCACCACCACCAUCAGGGUCUGAUGAACGUGUAUGGUAGUGCAAACGGGUACUUCAGUGGUGCUGGUCAGAAUGAGAUGUCAGCUGCUCUCGAUUUCGGAGGAAAUCGGAUGAUCGGUUCGUAUGGGUCAGGUCAAGGGGGGAUGUUUGGAGGAGGAGGAGGUAUUGGUGGUGGGAUGGAGAAGGAGAUUCAACAAGUCCCACCAUUGGAGAGCAUAAGCAUGGAGGAGAACAAUGGUCCCAAUAACAACAUAGUCAUAAGUAGUAACUUGAAUAAUAAGUACCCUUUUGUGAAUAGUAAGAACAUUAAGGGGGAGAGUAACCACCACAACAACAACAAUCAUCAUCACCAUAAUAACAACUUGGGAGGAGGAGGAGGAGGAGGGGUGAAUAACACUAAUAAUCUUGCCAACUUUUGGCAAGGAGAAGACCAACUCAAAGUUGGAGAGUGGGACUUGGAGGAGCUCAUGAAAGACGUUUCCUCCUUCCCUUUUCUUGACUUCCAAGUCGAAUAG